AUGCCUGCUAAACGACACGCGGCCUCAACCACCUCCGCGGCAACACCCUCGACACCAACACCACUCUCUUCCGGCCCAACGACCCUGAAAACAAAUGCCUCGCCCGCUGAAAUCGCCGUUCAUGUCUGGCACCAGUACACCGCUACUACAUCGCAGCGCACACUCCUCCUGGACGCUUUCAUGGUCUUCCUCGUUCUAGUCGGUGGUCUGCAGUUCUUGUACUGUGUUCUGGCCGGCAACUACCCCUUCAAUGCCUUCCUCAGCGGUUUCAGUGCUGCUGUUGGCCAAUUCGUUCUGACUGCCAGUCUGCGCAUGCAGACAAGUGGCUCUGGUUCCACUGAUGCCAAGUCUAAUUCCAAGGGGAAGACUGCGUCAACCGAGGACAGCGAGCAGGGGACGGGUAUUUCGCAUGAGAGAGCAUUCGCCGAUUUCAUCUUCGGAAGUCUGAUUCUACACUUCUUCUGCAUCAACUUCAUCAAUUAA